AUGAACUUUUUAAGUAAUCAUCAGAUAGCGUGCUCAAAUACGCUAUUGCCCAACUUACCAACUCAGGAUUUAAAAUCAUUCAUCAAUUUUAAUUUUUCUUCAGAAAUGAGGUCAAAUAAUUUUAUUAACAAGUCUGAUAACAAUUCAGUAAAUAAUGAAGUAGUUCCACAAAAAAAUACAACAAUGUCUGUCCUACAAUCUAUUCUGCAAGCUGGUUCAAAUGACUCAAUGCCAAUAUCUGUAACCAGAUGUAAUGCAUGUUUAGCUUGUUUAAGGGAUUUGAUAAGGCAAGCGUAUGAUUUAAUUCUUCCUGGAUCACCACAUUACUCAGUGAUUUUAAUGAAAACUCCACUAUCACCAGCAGAUACAGCAAAAAUUUUAGAAAGUUUAAAACUACCAGAACAUCCAUUGUCUAAAGUGGCAGACGACAGAUGCGCAUCGUGUGCUACGCGAUUUAUUCAAUUGAAGAUUGAUGCACUCAGUUAUGUAAGAAGAAGUGCUUUAUCGGCUACAACAGGUAAACUAACACGAAUUUCACCCAAAUCAACAAAGUUAAAUCCUAAUCAGAUGGAUACUUCAAGCAACAGGGCUGUUUCUUAUCAGUCAUCUGAACCAGGUGCUCAGGGAUCUGAAUGGAUUAGACCUCCUAAUCUUAAUGAACAAAUCAGUCAGGCAUCCCAGUUAUAUCAUCUGCCUAUCAGUGAUAAUUCCAGGCUUCAGUACUCAAGACAGCAUAUCUUUCGACUUGAAGGUUCCCUACAAAACUCUCCACAAAAUUACACAACAGUAGGAUUUAAAUUAUUGAACAAUCAAUUAAGAGGUGAAUCUCAUAGUAUACAAUACUCAGAAACUCCUAACACAGAAGCGAAUCGAUUUCAGGAACCAUUCUACCAGACCUCAUUAUCUAAUCAAAUUGGUGCCGUAAAUACAUCACAUAUUCAAGUCGAUUGUAGGCCACUGCAUACUCUAACUUCAGUACCAUCUCAAUACACUCAACAAAAUCCAUAUUAUCCUAGAGUACACACACCCUCGAAUAGUGAGAUUUAUCAUCGUAUUGCCGUUAGAAGAAAUUUACAAGCGAAUGCAAAUUUCCUACAUGGCAAUACAAAUCACAAAUUAAAUGAUAGUUUACUUUAUACACAAUUAAAUAACCAUAAGGCGGAUUUUCAACCACUAUAUCGAAUUUGUGGAACAAAUACCAAUAAAUCUCAAUUAUCAUAUCCUGAUUAUUCACGUUCUAUACGGUGGGCUGCUGAAAGAGGUUUAAUAUCGGCUGCAAAACAACAGCAAAUACUUUUUGAAUCAUCAAGAGAGAAAAACUCUCCAUUUCAGUUGAUGCAAUCACGUUGCGAAGAUCAGUCCGUCAAUAAAGGGGGUGAGAUAUAUCCAUCAUCCACUGUUAAUCCACGUCAAAGACUGGAUACUGGUAUUGCUGUGACCAAUGAAAGUGAAGAAAAGGAUGAAAGCGCUGAACAACAAAAAGAUGGAAAUCAAUUAAGUAAAGAUGAGAAUACUGUCCGACAACCGUCGGUAACACAGAUAUCAACUGCUGCAUCAUUUUUUACCAGAGCUGGUCAAAAACUUACAAUUACAAGUAAUUCAAAACGAAAGCGUAAAUCAUCGCAUAAUGAUGCCGGUGAUAUAAGUCAUCUAACUGGAUACAUCACCUCCCAGUCAUAUCGUCAUAAUCAACAUUCAAAAUGUAUAACAAGCUUUUCAGAAGCUGUACAUCAUCAUCCACCACCGAUGCCACCAACUCUUCUGAAAUGGGGUCGAAAUGGUUCUAACAGUUCUGUAAUCAAUAAUAGAGUUGGAAAAGUGAAAGUAAUAUUGCAAUUACAUUCAGAUCAUGAAACAGAUAAAGAAACUCAGAAGGCAUCUUGUUUAACAAUAGAAAAACGCAAAAAUCAAGUUUGUUUGACUGAUCCCAAUGUGAACAACAGUGAAUCAUCGUCAUCACCAAAACGCACAAAUAUGCAUGGUCCAAAACUUUUUGCAAUGGAUGGAAUUUUCACUGAAGAAGACUCAAUGGCGGAACUGUGUGCAUUCGCUCUAACUGACAUCAUUCAGUCUGUAGUGAACGGAUCGGAUGGUUGUCUCAUUUCCUUUGGAACACGUGAUUCAAUUAAAACCAAUUCAAUGUUUGGCGAUGAUAAACAAUCCUCUGGUCUUGGCAUCAUUCCUUCAGCCAUAUCAUGGCUAUUUCGAUUGAUAUCUGAGCAAAAGGAACGAACCGGUGCUAGAUUUUCAGUUCGUAUAUCUGCAGUUGAAGUCUAUGGUAAAGAGGAGGCAUUGAGAGAUCUUUUAUCUUCUGUUUCAAACGCGACAGAAGCAGCUGGAGCUAAUGCACCUGGAAUCUACCUUCGUGAUGAUCCAAUUUCAGGCACUCAGUUAGAAAACCAAAGUGAACUUAGAGCACCAACAGCUGACAAAGCAGCUUUUUAUUUAGAUUCAGCAUUAUCUGCACGUUGUCAGCCUAUAGCAAGUGGUGCUUCAUCAUCAACAAAUCCCUUACCAGCUUCCUCCUCCUCAUCGUCAUCUUCUACCAAUCCUGUUGUCCUAUGGAAAAGAAAUUCACAUUUAUUUUUCACGCUACAUAUUUACCAGUACAGAGUAGAAAGAAGUGGAAUAGGUUCUGGUGUUGCUGGCGGUCGAAGUCGAUUACAUUUAAUAGAUUUAGGAAAUGCAAAAUUAUCAAAAGAUACGACACAAAACAAUACAGUAAAAGACUCUGAUUCUAAAGAUUCAGAAAACAAACAACAUUCAACCUCUUCAAAUGAUUCAGCAUUAUCUCUCUCAUCUAUGACAUCAGUUGUCCUGGCUUUAAUCAACGGGAAUAGACAUCAUCCACACAGAGAUAGUAAGCUAUCUCAGAUGUUACGUGAGGCAGUUAGCAGUAUUGGAUGUCGCACAUGCAUUCUUAUACAAACAUCCCCGAGUGCAAGUUAUUAUCAAGAAAAUUUACAGCUGUUGCAGUUCGCUUCAAAAAUCCAAAGAGCUCGACGUCACAAAACACACGACAGAACAUUAUCUGAAAGCAGUUCAAACAAUACUGAACAAGAAUCAAAAAUAGAUGAACAAACUACCAGUUCUGAAGAUAGCUCAUCUUGUGACAGUUUUGGUUUGAGACGUGCUGGAAGAUUACGUCUAAAUAUGGGUCUGCGUUCCGCUUUGAAACAUUCAAAUGGAUAUAAAGGAUUUUCGACUAGAUAUAGACACUAUGGACCUGAUAGUCAUUUAAGCCUUGCUGCUUCUUCAGAAAAAGAUUAUACAUCGAGUAGUGAGCAGUCAUGUGAUACUGUAAUAUAUCUGGGCCGCCAAGGUUUAUUGGAUCAUCACCACGAUUCAAGUCAGAAGGCACGAUCUCGACAAGGGAAACCAUUGUCUGGAUCAAAUAUGGAUACAGAUUCAGAGGCAAGUGGAGGAAGCAAAAUUAAACAGUUUGGUGGACAGCAAUCUCAUGGUUCUCCUGUAGGCUCUUCAGUUGGUGUACCAAGUGGUAGUGGAGGAGGAGAAAGCGGUUCAGGAGGAGGGCAUUCAGGUAGUCACACGAAUUCCGGUGAUCUUUACUCGCCACAUGCCGUACAUUCCAAGGAACGGAAGAAAUCAGCUCCUCGUACUAAUGUCUAUGCAUGGCCGCGUAAUGCAGUCAAAAAUGCAAUUGAGACGUUGAGUACUCAAAAAGAACAGUGGGUUGAUGGACCUAAAUCAGAUUUCCACCCAUCAUCUACAAGCCAUCAAAUAUCUCAGACUAGUUCAACAGCUCUACCAAAACGUAACAUGAUAGAUAAAGAAACUCAAGUUGAUGAAUUAAAUACAACUCCAAUCCAAAUAGUGAAUCAAACCCAGACGCUGUCUCAGGAAGCCUGUCAUCCAUCGGUUUCUAGUUAUGUGCAACCUCAUCCCAUUGUGUCCGGAAGGGAAAUAUCAGAGAAAAAAGAUGACGACUGGGACAGAAAAGAUCAGGAGAAACAAGCACCAUGUAUCACAAAAUCUCCAAUCACGAAACCAACUGUAUCAGACCGAUCAACGUCUGUAGCCAAGUCGAUUAAACUAACUCAAAUGGAAAUAAACAGGGAUCGUUCUUCAGAUAAUGCAGAUGUACAAAAUGCUGAUGCUACACUCAGUAGUCAGUGUUCAACUUGUGUUAUGGUUAGUUCACUUAUGAACCAAAGUAAUUCAACUGUUGAAACUGGUGAUACAACAAAUCUAGCAGCAACUGGAAACAGUGCCUCUAUUGUCAAACCACAGUCAACAGAAUCUUGGACACCUAGUCAUAUUCCUACAGAGAAAGAAUCUGAAGAUCGGAAGCACCCAAUUCCCCACAUAUCUAAUGCAUUAAGAAAUACAAAUUAUCAGGUAAAUCUACAUACAAAUGUAAAACAACCGCCUAAUGAAAUUCCUCUAACAAAACCAUUCAUGACGACUGGUAUUCCCAGUGAUACAAAUGCUCCGAUUGCUAGAGUUAAACCAUUCGUUAAGGAUUGGAUUCAGAAGCACAGUACUUUACCUGCUACUUCCAGUGUUCAUGGUGAUUUCUCCAAGAUAAACGAACAGCAUCAACUUCAUAUUCAAAAUAAUGAAACCGAAAAUCCUGGAGGAAGUAAAUUAUGCACUGUGGCAAAUACCGCAAUCAGUAUGACUGUUGGAGAAAUAAGAAGUGAGACUCAACAAUUUAGACAUCAUAUGUUUCAUGGCAGAACAGAACACAUGAAACAUGAAGACAAACUAUGCGUGAAUAAGUGUAGCUCAAAAUCGCCAAAUUAUCAAUGCGACAGUAAUUCCUCGUUUGCAAAUACCGGUCAUGCACCAUUCAUAAAUUCAAUUCAGACUUCUUCUAAUUUUGCAAGAAUAGCAGCUUGGGUUAAAUCAGUUUCCGUGGAAACUUGUAAUAUUCAAGGGGCCAAUUUGAACAAACCAAAUGAUUCUGGUACAACGCUUCAACAACCUGAUUUUCCCCAUGAUAUAUGCAUGAAUGACAACAUCAAUCAUAAUCUGUUUAACCAGAAUCAAAAAUGCUUUUGCCAUAAACACUUUGAAAAAGACGACAACUUCCCUGAAGAAAAACCUCUUUACCGUCAUCACAUGAAUCGUUCAGGUGUACACAAUUACGAAAAUGCAGUUAUGCGGAGCCCACAGUGUGUUAGAAAUAUUAACAAUAAACUUCGCCGAGGAAGGUCUGUACCACCGACUUCUCUUCAAGAGGGUGGUUUCACUGAAGUUCAUGAUAUAUGUGAUGGAUACUUGAAACAAGAAUCAGCAACUACAUCAGAAAAUACAGUUGCGCCACUUCCGAUUUCCAUCUCUUCGGGUCCUCUCUGUGUGAAGGAAGAAAUAUGUAACACUGGUAGAAAAAGUGACGGAGAUACUCCUCCUUCAAGACGUCCGGAUGGAUCUUCCAACCCACACUUACACAGAGAAACACAAGGAGCUUCUGAUGUUCAAGAAAUGGCUAAAUCAGAGACGAAAACCCCUUACACGUUGAAUGAAAAAUCGUCAAAUCAGUCAACAGGAUUUUGGGCAUCUACAAAGAAACCACACUUCGUACAAACACAAAAGCUUAUCCUGAAAAAGUGUUUCUCACCUGAAGCGAAGAAAAAGUCAAACAAAUCUCAUCAUGAUUCAGAAUCUCAUCUAUUAGUUUGUACUUCGCCUAAAUCUUCAAAAUGUCGCAGAUCUCAUAGUUUCUGUUCAUCAACAGAUAGCGAUCACUCAGCGUAUAGAAAUGAACAGUUGAUAGAUAAUUCAAAAGCUCAAAAACCUUCAAAUGUGAUAGAUUAUGCACAAAAUGAUGAUAAUACCACAAAAUCCAAUAUAUUACAAAGUGUAAUGGGUAAAAAACCUCCUAAAGAAGUUCGCACAAAAGUAAGUAAGGGACGCUUAAGCUUCUUGACAAGUCCAUUGUUUGGAAAACGCAAAGAAAAAGAAACGAAACAAUCGGAAACAGCUGGUAAUACUCCUGAAAAAGGUAAAACUUCAGCCACAGUACUUGAUUCUCCGAUUGGCGGUCACUCAUUGGCAAAAAAUUGUGAUUCACGUCGCAAAACACAAAGUAAGGAUCUUAGUUCCUCUCAUCAAAAGAGACAUAAUGCCUCUCAGUUUGAUACAUCUGAGACGCAAACCCGCAUAGGAUGUAUCCGAAAGGAUAAAUCUACUUCUAAACAUACAUCACUAGAAAAACAACAUAGUGAAGAUAAAAAUGCAUUUUCACCUAGUACACAUGUGAGCAAUAUUCCAGUUUCAUUUAACACAGCAACAACUCCUACAAAAAACUCCUCUCUACAGUCAAGUAGUGGACAUGGCAGUGAAUGCAGUAGUAGUUUAUUCACAGAAAAAAGUAUUGCUUGGCAUUCAAAAGCAGAACCGAAUACAGCAUUGCGAUGCAGAUGCAAAAGACACCACCAUCAUCAUGCACAUCAGCAUCAUUAUCAUUCAGGAAACAAUCAGAGGUGUCACCGUUGUAUUCCAUCUACACAUGCGUGUCGAUCGGAUCACAGAAGUGACAGAAAAUGUGAAACUGUGAGUGAAGUAAGAAAACCUGCUGAUGGUGAAAGAAGUUCAGAGAGUAGUGCCUCAGCUACAGGACAUAGGAAAUGUCCAAACAGAGAAACAACAGAAUAUGAUGAAAAUUCUACUGAUGGAAAGGUUCUUCUCGAUUCCUUUGAAACCAGUAAAUUAUCAAUAGGUAUUCCAUGUUCUCAUCUCUCUGGGUCUGGUCCUCGUCGUGGUGGAGGUCAUGCAAGUAGUGGUUAUGAAAGUAUUGUUCGAGAUAGUGAAGCUUCGUCUCAUGCUGAUUCGACCAGUGGGAGUUCUGCAGGAGGUACGGGUGUUGUUACUGUUGAUGUUAAAGAAAGUAAUAUUAUAUCUCAAACGCAGUCCAACGAACAAGGAUAUUGUGAACACUGUCAAAGAAUUAACCAUACUAAUUUGAUAUUGGCUGAUAGAUCAUCCCAAUCACAACAAGUGAUGCAAACUCCUAGCACUAUUAACUAUUCCAACCAAGAAAAAACAGACAAUGAAAAAUCUAUACAGAAUAUUAGUAAUAAUAAUAACCAAAUAAUCCAAUCCAACCUUCAAACUGUACAGACAAUGACUAUUUCCAAAACUGACUCCCUUGUAAAUAAUCAUGAAUCAUCAUGUCAAGUGUUCCAGCAUAUUCAACUAAAAUCUCCAACGAAACAAUCUUUCCAGCAACAUUCAGCAAAUUCAAAAUCAAGCGCUACAUCCAAAACUGUCACAUCUCAGUCCCUUUCAUCAUCCUCUUCUACCUCACAUAGAAGUCGAUCAGCUCCCCCUUGUUCAGAAGAUACAUCUGAAGAAACAACAAGUAGUCCAAUUAGUGUAAGAUAUGUUGCAACUAAACAAAAUGAUAAUGCUUCAUCCAAACUGUCUACAAAUAUGAAAUCCUCACUUCCAGAAAAUUCUUCAAAUGUAUCCUGCAUUCUCCCGAUGUAUUUAGAAGAAGUUCAAGUAGGUUUUUUCAAAAUAUGUGCAUUCUUUAAGGGUUGUUGAUUUGAUGUUUUCUAUGAGCCUGAAUUCUCUCACAAUAAGCAUUUCAAAGGAAAACAUUUAGUCGGAGCACUCCAACUGAUUGUUGUUUCAUAACAGAUGAUUUUGUAAAAUACUUUGCUAAGAAUAAUAAUAAUAAUUUGCUUUAUUCCAAAACAGUACUUGUGAUACAGAAUGGGAUUCUCAGUAUUUUACUACACGAUUGCAUCCAGUUAAUACAUUAACAAUAAAUAAAAUCCUACAUAGACUAAGGAUAAUCUCAGUUAGAUUUUGGCAACAAUAUGUUGGUAUGUCAGUAGCAAAGCCAAAAAUUGAACAGAGUGUUUGAAGGUGUUAGAAAAGUAGAUGCUGGCAUAUUCACUGGCGUAAGCAGUAACAAACAGGUCGAGAUAUACAGAGUGUGAGAGAACGAAGAAGAAUGUUGUAAUAGAGUUUGUGAGGAAGAAAGAAACAAAGCUGCACAUAACAGAAAAAAAGAGAGAGAGGAAAGGAAAAGAAAGAAAGAAAACGUUUUACCUAUAAAUGAUAUGAGUUGGAAAGACGAGAUCCAGGUGUUCUACUGACUAUUUAAUAAAUUAUAGGUAUCACGCCUAAUGCUUAUAUCAAUAAUGCUUUCUUUAUCGCACAGAAUACGAGCUGAGUAGGGUAUGGUUGAGUUUUUGUUCUUACUAGUGAGAGAAUAUAGUUUUCUAUAUAGGCUUCUGGUCUGCCUGCCUGAUGAGAUACAAGGUGGGGGAGAGUUGUGAAUGAAGAGGGUGGUGUGAGUUAGAUAGUCAGAAUGGAUUUAGCCCAUUUUUCACAUUAUUCCAAGUGCCUGUCGACCAGAAUAUUAAUAAGCUGGUUAAGUGGGACGUUGAUUACCCUGAUGACAAUCUUUAACAUCCUGCGUAGUAUGGUAUAGUCUUUCUUCAGUAGCCCAGGAAGAACUAAGGGGGAACAAUAGAGAAUAAUAGGCAGAAU